CACACGUAUAUCUAUAUAUAUAGACAUAUUUAAUUGCUUUUGCGCGUAAAAGUACAGGAGGUUUCAUUACUAUCACUGUAAUGAGCAUUUAUCGUAUCGGCAAAGCGCAUCUGCUCCUUGUGUUAACCAUCUUUCAGAUUGUUUCAUGCGUAAAAAGACGGAGUACUAAUAAAGUAGAUAAAGAAUUGAGCGAUUUUUUCACAAAGCUAUAUAACACCGAUGAAAAUGCAGCCAUCGAAGGCAGAGACUACAGACUAAAUUUACAAGGUCAAAUCGCCAGAGAUCAAGAUUCACUUGAUAAAGCACCUAAACCAUUGUUUGACUACGUUAAUGAGGCUUCGCUCUUAAAGAGACCAACAUUUUCAAGCUUUAUUUCCUUGUUGGAUAAUUACAAUCCUACUGUCGGUGUCCAUGAGACUGUUACACCACAACAUUCAAAAGAAGAGGAUAAUUUUAUUAAAGAAUUACUUAAAACAAAAGUCAUGAAAAUGACUUAUGAAUUUCUAUUAAAAAAAGGUAAAAUAUCUGGAACCAUAGAUGAUUUUGGGAAACAGUUGAAAAAUCUUUGGUUUAAAAGAUACAAGCGAAAAAGCCCUGGAGAUUCAUCUGCCUUUGAGCAUGUAUUCGUUGGUGAACACAAACAGUCCACUGUACUUGGAUUGCAUAACUGGAUUCAAUUUUAUCUAAAAGAGAAGAAAAAUCAGAUAAAUUAUUCUGGAUGGAAAAAACGGGCAUGUAACGAUCAACUUCUCAGUGUAACAUUUGUUGAUGAAAAAAAAUAUAAAAAGCCAAUGGGAAGUGUUUUCAUAGGAUCAUCUCCAGAAUUUGAAAUAGCUGUUUAUACAGCUUCAUUUCUUCUACAUGCGAAAUCAGCAACUGAUGUCGUUAUAGGUAAAUGCAGAUUACGCAUAACAUGCUAUGACUUAGCAGCCAAUGAAAUGAGUACCUGUUACAUGGGAUAAAUUAUUUCUCACUUAUCAAAUCAAAAAUAACAAAAACAAACAAUAAUCGCUUUUUGUUUAAAAUGAAUUUAAAUCAUCAAUUCAAUGUAAUAAGUUUCCAAACAAAAAUAUAUACAUGAAUUAAAAACUGUUUCCCUUUUC